AUGAAUGGGUUAUCCUUACGGAUUUCUAAUGUGCGAGCGAACGAGAAUGUGAAAAAAAAUUCCGAAAUUCGAAUGGAUCUGUUCCAAGUGCCUUCUAUAUAUUUGACUGCGGAUAAUUCUUAUCUAGAUCAACUAAACUCAUCAGAAACCAUAGAAGGGCAGGUGAAAGUUCUUAAAGAGUACUCGUCCUUUGUCGUAGGACUAGAGGAUUCACUCAAAUUACAUGUACAAACAUUGGCAAACUUGUUCAUGGACGCACCGCUUAAGCAUGCGGUGCGAAAUACGAUAGCUCGGUCCUUAAGCAACUUAACCGCCAGCCGAGAAAUCGUCGCAACUAGCAUUGCAAACAGUAUAAAAGCACGCAUUGAACAAGACUCAAGUGGAUCGAGUGAACCAACGCGGCGAAACACUACAAUAUGUAAUAUCGGAAGUUGUUUCGAAAACUUCAAAGUGGGUUGUGAAGCUGUUCGUCUUAGCCUGCAGCAAUUAUUUCAAUUUCUGAACAAAUCCGUGAUGGUGUAUCUGGAACGGAUGAAUGAUCAGGUUUCUCCUUCGGAUAAGAGUGAGCUAUGUUUAUUCAUUCACUCUGCUAUCAGAAUCGUAAUAUCCUGCUUCCAACAGUUUCCCGAUCAGUUAAAGGCAUCGUACGAGGGUGAAAAAAAUGUGGAAAAACUUGUGCUCAUAUGCUGGGAUUUGUUGGAAAAUCCGGAAAUACCGAUGGACACGAAAACUAACUGUGGUAUACUAAUAGCCAUGAAUGCUAAUUUGGAGAGAAGAUUUUUACGACUAGCGCAACGUGUAUUCGACGAAGAUAGUUCAGCAAAGCAAAUGUGUCUGGUGAAUGGGAUAAUAUGUACGAUAGAAAAUGAGCAUUUCACCGAUCCAGAAUGGAAAGGUAUAGCAGUGUUGCAUCAGGCAGCAACGGUUUUAAAAGAAAUUUCAGAGGAAAACUCGGUGGAAGUAAGCAUCGUACUAGGUACGACACGUGGCUUUUUCCAAAUGACCAAACGGCUGCUUGGCCUGAAGUUGGAUGGUUACAAACCAUCGGAACGAAAAGAACUCGUUGACAUCCUGGCCGUAAAUCUGCGUUACUCUCUGUCCCAUCUGGAUCAUUAUGUAGACAGCAUACGACAUAUAUCGCGCGAUUUGCUUAAGUGCACUAUACAACUAGGGACACGGCUAGACGAUACUUUAAACGCUAUCAUCUACGAUUACAUUCGUAACGGAGGGAUUAACAUCAACACAAAGUGCAUAUUGAUCAGUGCAAUAUCUUCAAUACUUAAAGCAAAGGAAGUUCUGCGUGCCAUUCCAGAUGUUCCGGAGUUUUUACUUCGUUCGCUCACUCGAAAUGAUCAUUCGAAUACCAAUUUGCAUAUAAACAAUUGCUAUGAAUCAUUAAUGAUGUCCUACUCGUAUGAGGAGAACACACAGGAAUGGUUUAAUCGGUGGAUCAAUCCGAUUCUGAUGGAAAUUACUAACGGACGUGAUGGGAUCGUCAGUGGAGCCGCUGAAACAGUUGCCACGACCGUAGCAUCUUCUCACGAGGAAGAGGAAACUACCAGUGAUGGAAAUACUGGAAAUGACGUACGAGAGACACUGCACGAUCUCAUUAGAAAAGCUAUUCGUGCCCAUCCAGAAAUCGCCAUUUACAUGAUCGAUAGCAAAAUUGGAAUCAGUUACGGUUUAGUACUGUCCUCUUUGGGCAUCGCACGGAAAAAUGGGCUCUUUGAUACGGUCCAGUCAACGGAAGCCAUGUGGAAAAAUCUGCUUUCCUAUACUGAUAUUCGGCAGGCAAUGAUAUCGUCAGAUGAUUCAACCCGUAUGUCCGCCUUGUACCUGAUAACAGAAUGCCACAAAAGCACCGAAAUAUUCACCAAACAAGAUUUAGAAUGCAUUCUCUUUUUCCUCGAAACGAACAUUAAUGUCCAAGCGGCUUCUUUGCGACAAAAAAUUACGUCAUGUAUGAAGAGUGCCCUGAAUCGUCUUCGUUCGGGUUUUUUGAGCAUCAUUAAGAAAUCGGACAUCGAUGGAAAGAGCCAUUACUACUACGAGUUCGUCAAACGGCUGCAUGAAUUUUGUAUCGUUAAUCAGUUCAUCGGAGCCAACUACAGCCGCCGAGCAAUUUCGUUCCAGAUUUUGCUUCAAUUAUUGCAGAUUUCUUCCUAUAUUUUCUACAACGAUGAGAACAUAAGCAUGUGGAAUGAAAGGCAGGUGCGCAUUCUACUGUCGGCUUUGAACGAUAGUUACGAGUCUAACAAACAUUACUCCCUGAAAGUGUUAUCAUUUUGUCCGAAGCAAUUCAUUGAACAGUUCAAUGAUGAACUUAAUUACGAGGUCACCCGCACGCUCAUGAUCAGUCCACGACCGAAUGAUUCGUUGUCGGCAGCGUAUUAUCUUGAAUAUCUGUGCUUUGUAAAUAGCACUAUUGAUACACCCCGUCUGGAGAUUGAGCCAGUUAGCUGCAAUGUCGCGAUGAAGGUGUACCGUUGCUUUCUAUGGUGCGAGGAAAUUCUUAUGCAAGGAUUCAGAUUAGCUAGCAACUCACUUCUACGAGCUUCUCGUGAGAAUCCAAUGUUCGGCGCACUAAUUUGCAUUCGCCAUUUACUGAGCAAACUAGACUUCAAGGAGCUCUCGCGGGAUGAAUGUUGGCGAACUUCUAUUACCCGUUUAAUUAGUACCUGUGACAGCAUUGCAAAAGUGGUUUCGGUAGUAACGAACAAUUCUUCACCAGAAGGAACAUUUUUGGACGAUUUCGUAGAAUCAAACCUAAACGAAUGCACCGACAUAGAGAUGGAUGAAGUAAAUGCGUUGGAGUCAUACGAUGAGAUCAAUAGUUCCACCCAAAACACAACGCACGAUGAGGCUAAUGAACCGUACAAGCCGGAAACCACACCACAAAUGAUUUUACUUUGCUGUUGGCGCACGAUAAAAGAAAUUUCACUUAUUCUGGGCGAUAUUGCAUCCCGUUCUCCAAUCAUCGAUACGGGAAGCACUGUAAUGCAGGGCGAGAAUGGUGGACUUUUGACUUGCCAACAGAUUUUGAGCAUUGGAAAUCAGUUUAUUGAACUGCUCUCUGAAACAAAGCAUCGAGGAGCAUUUGAACAAGCUUACAUAGGGUUUUCAAAAAUAUGCUUACGCCUCUGGGGUUCCCCGCAUACUGAGCUACAUCAGCUGCCGAUGCGCUGGAUAAAAGAGUUGAUUAAUGCCAUAACUGGGGGCAUGAAUACAGUUGCUACACCCGCAAUCACUGGCAGAGACAUCGCUGAGAUCAACUUAGAUAAACUGUGUGUUACUCGUCGAAGUGCGGGCAUACCUUUUAUAAUUCAAGCAUUGAUAACUUCCGAGCUACAAGUUAGCUCCACGAAAGGACUACAGUUUUGCAUGAAAACAUUGCUCGAACUAUGCCGGUCUCACAGCACAAGCAGUCAAACACGGACUCAUUCGCUGAACAUAUUACGUUCACUGUUUCGAUCCACUGAUUUGGGUGAAACCGUCGGAGAGUUCGUCUCAGAAGGCAUCAUGUGCGCUAUCAACGGUUACGAAGCGGAGUCAUGGUCGGAACGUAAUUCUUCAACUUUAUUAUUCUCCGCUCUGAUGGUGCGCGUAUUUGGUGUGCAAAGAACCAAAGAUUCGGAAAAUUUAAACAUUCGCAACAAAAUGACUGGCAGAAUAUUCUUUUUACGAUAUCCCGUGCUCUAUGAUUACUUUGUGCUCGAACUGGAAAAGGCUAGUAAAAUUAUCAUCCAAGGCACUAGAAGUAAAAAAUUACACCCGCUCUUAUUGCUUUUAAGUCGACUGUAUCCUUCUGCUCUAGAGGGCAGUGAAUCAAAUUUGAAGCUUUCUCGGUUCGUUCCUUUAGUCUCAAUUUGUUCCGGUUGUGCAGAGCUUCAAACGCGUUACUUGGCGGCAAAGAUCAUCUCCAUAAUCGUGUCACCGGAUUUAAUGUUCGAUCGAAUCUGCUUGCUAUUGGAAAGCCUUAAUCGUUCCAAUAAUCGAAACGUUAAUCCCAAUUCCUUACAUGGUGCGUUGUUGCAAAUUUUGUACCUCGUCAAAACCAAAAAUCCCGGCUUGGUAGCAGCAGCAACAUCGAGCGGACAGUUGAACAAUUGGAUAGAAUUGUACACUGCGAUUUCAAACUAUUUGUUUGAAGUAAAACCCAAUUUCAUAAUUUACAGUACCAUUUUAGAUAUAUUGCUGGAAAUUUUAGCACGAUGUCAACACAUCAUUAUUGCAGAGGAUGAUCAAUUUAUAGAUGAUUUAAGCAACAUUGUUGAUUAUCUGCUUAAUUUGGCAAACCAUCGGAACUUUUAUGGAGAACCUUUAGUGUUUCAGAAAAUAGUACUGCUGAAAACUUUUAUGUAUCUGUAUAGCGAUGACGAGGCAGCCACUCGAAGCUCCCAAUGUUUCCUGUUGCGCAUUGAAUCGGAAGGAGACAAACAGCAGUCGCCAGAAUACAUACAGGCGAUGUUAAACACGAUCUUACUCGUGCUGGAUAUUGAUCACAUUGGGAAGCAAUGCGAAGAAUAUGAUAUCACUCCUGUGGAGGUGUUUUACUUCCGCAAUAUUUGUGAACUUAAGCCGGAUCGAUUAAGGUGGUUGAAGGCGGAACUGUUACGUUCGCAGCAAUUUCACUGCUCCUUACGUCGAUUGAUCGCGCCUGAGAAUGAAAGUCACAAGCAACCGUACACAAUCCAGGUGAAGGCUUAUCUAAUACUUAGCUACAGUAGUGUGGCCGUUGGCAACGUAUUGCUCGAUGGGAAAAGCAUUCGUGAAGCAAUACAAAUCAUAUACAAAGCAGCCAACAGUCAGCCCUAUCAACUACGCAGUGCCAUGUUCCGCUGUUUAAAACGUAUGCUGCAAAAUGAGUCGAAGGGAUCAAGUGAGUUUACGCUGAAUGUCGAUUUUUUACCUACUCUAAGCGCUGCAUACCAAUCAAAACCCAUUAGAUUAACUGCGGUGGAGUGUUUGCAUAUAGUCGGUAGGAAAAUAUUCGAUGGCAAAUCACUAAACCAGUACAUAAGUUUCAGUUUUGCACUAUUGAAUUUACUUAGUGAUGACGAUUGUAAUAUCCGUGCCAAGGCAUCAUUAGUCGUUAGCCAACUUCAUCAUGUGAUUGAGAAAGUGAAACAAAAACCUCUCGUAGCGACAUACGCACAAAGUGCAUAUUUACGACUACUAAGCAAAACAAUGGUUGCUCAUAAGUUUACCUUAAACCAGAUAGUGGCCGCUAUCAUCGUGAUAUGGAUAUUGAAAGAGCAGGAAACAGAAGACGAUUCCAUCAAUAUUGACGAUGUAACAGAUCUUAAGGUGUUCGACAAAAAUGAAGUAAAUAUCUACGGUGAGUUAGAAUUGGUCCGAGACUAUUGCAUAGCGGAGCUACAACACUUGGAUUCGAGCAAUGCAGACUACAGCCUGGAUAGCAAUAUAGAUAAAAUUCAAAAGAUUGUCGACAAACAUCUAAAACAGCCAACGUGUAUACGGGAGUUCUUGCAAUCUACCGCAAAAAUAUCAUCAAAACUAAUAGGAAUCGUUCUGUAG